AUGUAUAGUUAUAGCAAUUAUGAAGGAACCGCAUUAGUGAAGAAAGGCCAAACCAAAAGAAAAUCAAUUUUGGGGCGAAGGCAAUUGGAUUCAUCAGUAGGGAGGCUGCGGCUGCGGCUGCCUUGCGGUGGGCGCCCAGAUGACAUCCGCCGCCUCGUAGCUGUACAUCGGAGUGGAAACAUUCUGCGGGGAAUCGCGGCCGCCGUCCCCGGCCGCGCCUCCGUCGUGAUCGGCCACCCCCAGCCGCUCAAACAACGGGCUGUUGAAUGUUGCAGCGACGAGGUACACCGUCCCCGCCGAUACCAGCGGCCCCGCCACCAGUCCCCCCACCACCUGCCCCUGCGGCCCCGCCAGAGAUAUCGAGAACGGCGUAUUCGCCGCCGCCGCCGCGGGCGGAGAGCCGGCGGGAAGGAUGGUUGCGGAGAUCGAGAGGAGGUCGAAGUGGCCGUGGAAGGUGACGGUGGCGCCGGGGGUGGCGGACGGCUGUUUGAGGGUAACGUUCGCGACGACGCCGUUGCCGCUGAGGACGCAGAGGCCGACGCCCCUCCGCCGGCAAAACCUCGCCGUGGCGUCGAUGACGUCGACGCCGGCCGGCAGCUCGAGGACGUACGGGCUCAUCGACGGCCCGGUCGGCGCGUCCUGGGCGAGGACGACCGGCGGCUUCGGUUUGUUUUUGGAACCCGGGGGCCGGCCACGGGGGCGGCGGACAACUUCGAUAGUGGCGCCGUCGCCGGAGACUAG